UGACCUGCAGAAGGAGGAAGACCAUGAUGAAGACAUUCCAGCUGAUUCUGGUGCUGACGGCCGGAGCCGCUCUGGGGUCCAUCGAGAAAAGAGUAACUGGACGGAACACUCGUUACUGUCGGGAGGGAGAAGGCAAGCACCAAGUGAUGCUGUCACUGACCACCCUCCGAGACCCACAGCACCAAUAUUUCAGUUAUGUCAUUUGUGGCGGGACAAGGAUUCGCUCGAGGUGGAUCCUCACUGCAGCCCACUGUGAUAAGAGUGAUCUCACAGUGCUGGAGGGACGACAGCCAGACACUGCAAUCAUGCGCCGCAUUGUUGAGAAAGUGAAAUAUCCCGGUCAUGACCUCAUGCUGCUGAAGCUGCGCAGGAGAAUACUGUCCAACGGAAAAACCAAAGCCGAACUGCCGGACCUCCACUGCACCACACCACCACUUAGAGAGGAAGUGGACAUUUUCGGCUCGCAGGACGCUUACAUUAACCAAACGGGACACAUGUCCUCCUACAAUGCAGGAACACUUCGCUGUGGAAAAAUGAAAGUGCAGAUAUGUCAUUCGACUUAUUACAAUAACCAGACGUUCUGUGGUAUGGCUUUUCAUGUAGAUGGCAAUGCGUUACAUUCCGUGCAGGACUUUUAUUUUGAAGGCCGGAUGUUGCGGCUGCUAGGCGACGCCACGCGGAGCAAGUUCUGCAGUUUGAGUAGAGCGGUGGAGCAGCAGGACCUCCUGCAGGAGAUCUCCCGUUUCUUCAGUUCUAAAGAAAUUAAUGCCUUCCUGUCCUGA